AUGGCAGUGUCAGCAUUUACGGUAGUUGCUCUGGUUUCCCUGGGGCUCUUCGUUCUGUACAGGGUCAUUAUACACCCGGCGUUCAUCUCGCCUCUGUCGAAAAUCCCAAAUGCGCACUGGACGGCUCCAGUAUCUCCUGUGUGGAUUUUGUGGAAGCGAUACACCAGUCAGAAUAAUCGGACCAUUCAGGCCGCUCAUGAAAAGCAUGGGCCGAUUGUGAGGCUAUCUCCCAAUGAGAUCUCGAUCAAUUGCGUGGAAAAUGGCAUCAAAUCGGUCUAUACCGGUGGGUUCGAGAAACACGAUUGGUAUCCCUUAGGCUUUGGAUCUCUGGGAACCGUCAGUAUGUUCACCAUGACUGGCAGCAAACCACACUCGACCCGUAAGAGAAUGAUGUCCAACAUAUACAGCAAGUCAUUUCUCCAGUCAUCGCCUCAUAUGCGGCUGAUCUCGGAGAACAUUGUCUUCAGUCGUCUUCUGCCAAUUUUCCAAGAUGCAGCUUCAAGUGGAAAACAUCUGGAAAUGCACGAUAUCAAUCAAGGUGUUACGAUGGAUUUCGUCUCUGCCUACCUCUUUGGACUAGCAAACGGGACCCGUUUUCUCCAGGAUGAAGCCUACCGGAAGAAGAUGCUUCAUCUCUACCACUCCCGGAAGCCUUUUGAAUUUUUCAAUCAGGAAGUUCCCAAUCUCCUCUCCUGGACCAAGGCCCUCGGGAUUCGUCUGAUUCCUAGAUGGUGCGAUGACGCUAAUGACAUUCUCGACCGAUGGAAUCUGGAGCUAUGUGAUAAAGCAGAGGCGUCCGUUGGAUCAACGGAACUUGACGCCGAGCCUGUCGUCUACAAGCAGCUCAAGCAAGCCAUGCUAAAGCAUACCUCGAAAGAAGACAAUCAAAACUCCGUCCCGGACACUCCCGAGAAACAGCGGAUUGAAAUCGCAUGCGAACUGUACGACCAGCUGACAGCCGGGUUCGAGACCAGCGCUGUCGCCCUGACCUACCUCUUCUGGGAGCUGUCGCAGCACCCUGAACUGCAGACGAAGCUGCGCGAGGAACUUUUAACCCUCGAUCCGUCGAUUAGGUAUCCUGCCACGUCAAAGAUUCUCCCCUCGGCCAAGUCGGUGGACUCGCUGCCUCUCCUGGACGCAAUCGUCACCGAAACACUUCGUCUUCAUGCGCCAAUUCCCGGAAUUCAACCGCGAGUAACGCCCUAUCCCUCUUGCAAUCUUGCGGGAUACACGGGCAUUCCAGCAAACACAAGGGUAAAUGCGCAAGCAUACUCGUUGCAUCGCAAUCCCGAGGUGUUCCCUGAACCGGAAACUUGGCAGCCCGAGCGGUGGCUCAAGGAUGGCAAUUCUUCUGCCGAGCUUGAGGAGCGAAAGCGAUGGUUCUGGGCCUUUGGAAGCGGGGGAAGGAUGUGUGUAGGAAGUAAUCUGGCAUUGCAAGAAAUCAAACUGGUCAUCGCGUCCGUCUUCACCAACUACAGAACAUCUAUCGUGGAUGAUGAUGGCAUUGAGGCUAUCGAUGCUUACACGGUGAAGCCUCGAAGCGAGAAAUUGGUACUGAAGAUUGAAGUAGCCUAA